AAUAAUCAAGCAGCUAAUUAGACCAAGCUUCUGUUACGUGAUCAUUCUAUUAGCUUUCAUCUACAAGAAAUGAUAGUAAAGCAGAGACAAUGAGAGGAACAUUGAUGUUGAUUUGGAUUCUGAUCAUCUGCCUCUCCCAAGUAGCAGUGCAGUGCCAAUACUACUCGAAGAGCCUACCAUAUCAUCCCAAGCCAGUUAAGGUCACCAAUCUUCACUUCUUCUUUCACGAAACUCUCGGCAGUGAAAACCCUACAGCAGUGGUGAUAGCCCAAGCUAACAUCCCGAGCAACCACAAUAAUUCAUCAGUGCCAUUUGCUACCCUAUAUGCCCUUGAUGAUCCCCUCAAGAUAGGUCCUGAGCAUGACUCUGAGGUGAUUGGAAAUGCUCAGGGACUUGCGGUCUUGGCCGGAACAAAUACAACCGAUGCAGUGAUGUAUGUAGAUUUCGCAUUUACUACCGGUAAGUUUAAAGGUAGCUCUUUAAGCAUAUUUUCAAGGAAUCCGAUACAAGAGAUAGAACGUGAGGUUGCGGUGAUUGGAGGAAGAGGACAAUUCAAGAUGGCAACAGGGUUUGCACUACUUAAGGCAUACUUUAUAAAUUCCACUAAUGUCAUUAAUGAAUAUAACGUGACUGUAAUUCAUUACUAGGAUUAUAUUUUUAGACUCAAUUGUUUUAAAUUCUGUAAAAAUAUAUAAUUCUGUUCUACUUGAUUGGAAUAAAUGUACGAGAUAUAUAUUGUAUUACAUUAAUUGUGAUAUGUCGGUUUGUUUCAAUAAAAUUGUUGCCAUUAGGGUUUUCCCAUACAUAAA